AUGCAACACGGAUCAGCUUCAGGAUCUUCAGGAGGUCUGUCAACGGUAGCUCAACAGGACGACACUAAAGUCAAUUCUCAGUUUGCUCAAGCUGAACCAGCAACAGCUGAUCAAUCUGCAUUGGCAUCUUCCGUUUGGUCAUUACUUCCUGAUUCCAAAGUUGACAAUAUGACAACUGAACGUACAGCUGGAUUAGUUUCUAUUACUGAUACUUCAGCCUAUGGCCAAAAUCCGUAUUAUAAUGGAAGUUAUACGACAGGAUAUGGAAUGUAUAGUAGCAAUCCUGCGGCAUACUAUCAGGUAGCAACUGGAUUAAGAGCUCAAAAUGCUGCUGCAGCUGCUGUAACAUUCCCAUAUGGCAUUGGAGCUGCCCAAACAGCUUACUACGGAAGCUCCUAUCCUACGACUUUCAACUUUAAUGAUUAUUCUACGUACAACUCUCAAUAUUGCAAUCGAAUGCAAACAGCCAGCUACUACGGUAAUGCUCUAACAGCUGGAGCCUAUGCGGGAAAUAACAUUUCAUCUGAUUCAAACUCAACAUCAGAUAUUAGUAGUUUUACGAUAAAAGACAAGAAAGUUUCCACCAAAACUUCGAAAAAAAAGAAGUCUGGCUCAUGCUCUCCAGGUGAUACUCAAUAUACACGUGUCUUUAUAUGGGAUCUGGAUGAUAUAUGUCCAUUGUCAUCCAAUACUUUAACAACUAUUGGCCAUCGAGCUACAUCCCAUCCACAUCUAGGACGACAAGUUAUGCUUUUGAAGCAAUUAACAAAUCGUGUAAUUGGCUUGUGUUUUCCAACGGAUCAUGUAGAGGAAUUCGAAUUAUGUAACGUAGAAGAUGCUGCCUUAGAAGAUUCCCUAUCUGAUGGAGCUGUUCUGGAUGGACGAAGUGGCGUUGAAGUAAUGCGCAGACUGGCAAGUAAAUACUUUGCAUUACGACAACUGUACCAAGAGUUUGCACCUUUGAAACCAGAUGAUGCAUGCAAUACAGCAUUGAUUGAUCGUGCUGGACUGAGUGGUCAGAAAGAUGAACUCAUAGAUGCUGCCAGGCAAAUUGAUGCGCUUUAUAUGCAAAGAUCUGAGUUAGCAAGAAGAUGCUUGGAUAUCGUUCAACAGAGGUCUGAAGCUUCUGACACGAAAUACGCAAAUGUUGUCAUCUGUUCCGAUGGCCUUAUUACGGGUAUUAGCGAAUUAAUGCUCUCAUCGAUGACCACAUCUGUUGGCAUUGAUAACGUAUAUAGUUUCGGAAAAACAGGAAAAGAGUCUGUUCUUGAAAGAAUUCAAAACCGUUUCGGAAAGAAGUGUAGCUUCGUUUUAAUAACGUCGAACCCUGAAACUACAAUGACAGCAAAAAAGGUCAGUAUCCCCGUUUGGCCUAUGCUAUCUACAGCAGAUUUAGAGAAGUUUUACUCAGCUCAAACACAUUUUUUAUUAACUACCACACGUCAACGCUCUUAA